GAUCGCGAGCAGCGCGCCAGCCAGAGGCAAAGUAAAACUAAAUUAAAAAUCGUUAUUAAUAGAAAAUAAAAAAAAAACAACAAAACAUUGUAAUACACCUCUACAUUGUAUCGAAAUAACAAAGUCUUCCAAAGGGCUAGCCAAAUGCCAAAGAACUGCCAACAGAAUAAGAAUCAGAAUCACAUUUAAAUCAGGAACUGCCAUGGAGGAGGAUCUCGAAAAGGUGCCACGCCUUGGACUGCGGCAUCUGCAGGCCGCGCUGCUCUUCAUCGGACUGGCGGCCAACACAAUCCUUCAGCUGAAUGUGGGCGUCACCGUGGUGGCCAUGACCAAUGCCACAUCGAUCAAUGAGGACACGCCCCACUACAACUGGACGGAGUCCGAGAAGUCCUACAUCCUGUCGAGCUUCUACUGGGGCUCCACGCUGGCCCAGUUCCCCGCCGGCUACCUGUGCAAGCGGUUCGGCUCGAAGGCCGUGCUCUUGUGGGGCACCCUGGGCUCGGCGCUGCUCAGUGCCGCCACGCCGCACAGCAUCUAUGCGGCGGGGUGGCAGGCGUUCUGCCUGAUCCGGCUGCUCCAGGGCCUGUGCCAGGUGACGUGGCCCUGCAUCCACCAGCAUCUGGCCAACUGGGCGCCGGAGGCGGAGCGGACGCGGCUGGGGGCCUUCGCCUACACGGGCUUCGACUGCGGCAAUGUCCUGGCCAUGUACGCGGCCGGGACGAUAGCCAGCUCGCCGCUGGGCUGGCCGGGCAUCAGCUAUGCCUCCUCGGGCCUGGCCCUCUGCUGGUGCCUGCUGUGGCUGCUGCUGGGCGCCAACCGGGCCAGCGAGACCCGCUUCAUUGGCCAGGCCGAGAAGGAGUACAUCAUGGGUGAUCUGCAGAUGCAGAUGAGCUCCAAGAAGAGAGAGCGACGGCGCGCCAUUCCCUGGCGGGGCAUCUUCACCUCGGCGCCGUUCUACGCGCUCCUGUGUGCCCGCUGCGCCGACACCUGGGGCCUGGCCACCAUGCAGGCCGAGCUGCCGGCCUACCUCAGCGGGGUCCUGCGCCUCGAGAUGCAGAGCAAUGCUGUGUUCUCGGCCCUGCCCUUCCUGCUGAUGUGGGCCAUGUGCUACGUGUACCUGAUCGUGGCGGACACCCUGCUGCAGUACAAGUGCCUCAGCCUGACGGCCCUGCGAAAGACGUACAACAGCAUCGCCCUGUGGGCGCCCGCCUCCAUAAUGCUGGCCCUGGGGUUCGUGGGCGUGGACCAGAAGUCGCUGGCCCUGCUCCUCGUCACGCUGAGCGUGGGCGUCAGCAGUGCGGCGACCAUCGGCAGCGAGCUGAACACGAUUGACCUGUCGCCCAACCAUGCCGGCAUCCUCGCCGGCAUCCUGAGCACCUUCACCAACCUGGUGGCCCUCUGCACGCCCCUCGUCGUCGGCGUGCUGGUGACGGACGCCACGCAGCGCAGCGAGUGGCAGCUGGUCUUCAGCCUGGCGGCCGGCGUCCUCUUCGCCGGCAAUGUGAUCUAUUUGAUUUGGGGCACAGCCGUGACCCAGCCGUGGAACGAGCCGCGGGAGCAGCAGCAGCUGCAGCUGCCGGACGAGGAGCUGAAACCCUUCAAGAAUGCCCGACUGGAGAUACCAGGAGCAGGGGGAGGAGCAGAUGGAGGCGGAGGCGUAGGAUUAGGAUUGCAUUGUAAAGACCCAUGAGAAGAUUUAUUUUACUUUUGAGCUUUA